AUGGCGACAAAAGCGAAGACGGCGUGGAAGGACAUUCCUCCGGUUCCUACCUCGCAGGAGUUCCUCGAUAUCGUCCUCAGCAGGACGCAGCGUCGUCUCCCGACCCAGAUUCGUGCCGGUUUCAAGAUCUCCCGUAUCCGCGGCUUUUACACUCGCAAGGUCAAAUUCACCCAAGAGACCUUCUCGGAAAAGUUUGGCCAGAUCCUCGAGAGCUUCCCCCGUCUUCAGGAUAUCCACCCUUUCCACAAGGACCUCCUCAACACUCUCUACGAUGCCGACCACUUCAGGAUCGCCCUUGGCCACUUGUCGACAGCCAAGCACCUGAUUGAGACCAUCUCCCGCGACUAUGUCCGCCUGCUCAAGUACGCGCAGAGUCUGUUCCAGUGCAAGCAGCUCAAGCGCGCCGCCCUUGGUCGCAUGGCGACCCUCACAAAGCGUCUCAAGGAGCCGCUCGAGUACCUCGACCAGGUCCGCCAGCAUUUGGGCCGUCUGCCCUCGAUCGACCCCAACACCCGCACGCUCGUCAUCUGCGGCUACCCCAACGUCGGCAAGUCGAGCUUCCUGCGCAGCGUCACCCGCGCCGAUGUUGAUGUCCAGCCUUAUGCAUUCACCACCAAGAGCUUGUUCGUCGGCCAUUUCGACUACAAGUACCUACGCUUCCAGGCGAUCGACACCCCUGGUAUCCUGGAUCACCCCCUUGAGGAGAUGAACACGAUUGAGAUGCAGAGUAUCACGGCCAUUGCUCACUUGCGGUCCGCGAUCCUGUACUUCAUGGAUCUGUCUGAGCAGUGCGGCUACUCCGUCGCAGCCCAGAUUCAGCUCUUCCGCUCAAUCAAGCCUCUGUUCCAGAACAAGCUCGUGUUCAUUGUGAUCAACAAGAUUGAUAUCCUGCGGCCCGAGGAGCUGGACGAGAAGACGAGUCAGGACCUCCAGUCGCUGCUGUCUGGCGGCGACGUCGAGCUGCUUCAGCUCUCUUGCAACACCACCGAGGGUGUGCAGGAGGUCAAGAACGCCGCUUGCGAGCGCCUGCUCGCCGAGCGUGUGGCUCAGAAGCUCAAGGCCGGUACCUCCGGGAGCGGUGCUAUCGGUGGCCGCUUGGCGGAUGUCAUGGCCCGUAUCCACGUCGCGCAGCCCAUGGGCGGUGCCGGACGCGAGACGUUCAUCCCCGAGGGCAUCAAAGAGCUCAAGAAGUACGACAAGAACGACCCUGAGCGCCGGAGGCUCGCCCGCGACAUCGAGGGCGAGAAUGGCGGUGCUGGUGUGUUCAACGUCGACCUCAAGGCCGACUACCUGCUCGAGAACGAUGAGUGGAAGUACGACCGGAUACCCGAGGUCUUUGACGGCAAGAACGUCUACGACUACGUCGACCCUGAUAUCGAUGCCAAGCUGCAGGCUCUUGAGGAGGAGGAGGAGCGCCUCGAGGCCGAGGGCUUCUACGACUCUGACGAGGAGCUUGACGACGCCGAGGAGGCUGAGAUCAAGAUGAAGGCCGAGAUCAUCCGUGAGAAGCAGGCGCUGAUCCGGAAUGAGGCCAAGAUGCGCAAGUCGCUCAAGAACAAGGCCAUCAUGCCCCGCAAGGCCAUCAAGAAGCCGCUUUCAGAGCUCGAGGACGCGCUCGAUGUUCUUGGUGUCGAUACGCACGACCUGGGCCUGCGUGCUCGCGCCGUGGAUGGCUCUACUCGUGGCCGCUCCAUGUCCAGGAGCCGCCUGGGUACCGAAGACACCGCCAUGAUGGACGUCGACAUGACGCCCAAGGAGCGCCUGCGGUCCAAGAGCCGGCCGCGGGACCGCAGCGUCAUGCCCUCCAACAGGCGCGACGACGGUGUUCAGGACGAGGAGACCAAGGACAAGCUCGACCGCCAGGCCAAGCUCAGCCAGCGGAGAAUGAACCGCAUGGCCAGGCAAGGAGAGGCCGAUCGCCACGUCGGCACCACCAUGCCGAAGCACUUGUUUGCGGGCAAGAGAACCGUCGGCAAGACGGCGAGACGUUAA